CGCAGCCGGGCAGGCCUCUAGCUCCCUCCCGCCAUGUCAGAGAGUGCCGACGGCCCCACGGGGGGUCGCAGCUCCCCGGACUCCCCGAGCCAGAACGCCGCAGAGCCGCGGGUCAUCAAAGUGACUGUAAAGACUCCCAAAGAGAAGGAGGAAUUCGCUGUGUCUGAAACCAGCAGCAUCCGGCAGUUCAAGGAAGAAAUCUCUAAACGUUUCAAGUCUCACAUUGAUCAGCUUGUGUUGAUAUUUGCUGGAAAAAUUUUGAAAGAUCAAGAUACUUUGACUCAGCAUGGAAUUCAUGAUGGACUCACUGUUCACCUGGUUAUCAAAACACAAAACAGAUCACAAGACCGCCCAGCUCAACAAGCAAACUCUGCUGGGAGUACUGCUACCACAUCAACAUCAAGUACUAGUACCUCAACACCAACUUCAACAAAUAGUAACCCUUUUGGCUUGGGUGGCCUUGGAGGUUUGGCAGGUCUGAGUAGCCUGGGUUUAAACACAUCAAACUUUUCAGAGUUGCAAAGUCAGAUGCAACGGCAACUUAUGUCCAACCCAGAAAUGAUGGUUCAAAUAAUGGAAAAUCCAUUUGUUCAGAGCAUGCUUUCAAAUCCUGACCUGAUGAGGCAGUUAAUUAUGGCUAACCCUCAAAUGCAGCAACUGAUACAGAGAAAUCCGGAAAUCAGUCACAUGCUGAAUAAUCCAGAUAUAAUGAGACAGACACUAGAACUUGCUAGAAACCCUGCAAUGAUGCAGGAAAUGAUGCGAAACCAAGACCGAGCCUUGAGCAACCUUGAAAGUAUACCAGGUGGAUACAAUGCUUUGAGACGUAUGUACACAGAUAUUCAGGAGCCAAUGUUGAAUGCAGCACAGGAACAGUUUGGAGGUAACCCAUUUGCUUCUUUAGUAAGCAAUGCACCAGCAGGAGGUGACAGUCAGCCAUCUCGUACAGAAAACAGAGAUCCUCUACCAAAUCCUUGGGCUCCUCAGUCCAGCUCUCAGAAUUCUACAAGCACCAGCACCACUGGUGAGAGUGGUGGCAGUAACAGUGCUGGAAAUAGCACCUCUGGCAGUACGGGACGGAGCUCAACUGUACCAAGUCUGGGACAAGGAGCUGUUAUGUUCAACACACCAGGAAUGCAGAGCUUAUUACAGCAGAUAACUGAAAACCCACAACUUAUGCAGAAUAUGUUGUCUGCACCCUAUAUGAGAAGCAUGAUGCAGUCAUUGAGCCAGAAUCCUGAUCUUGCAGUGCAGAUAAUGUUGAAUAAUCCUUUGUUUGCUGGAAAUCCUCACCUUCAGGAACAAAUGAGACAACAACUUCCAACUUUCCUUCAGCAAAUGCAGAAUCCUGACACAUUAUCAGCUAUGUCAAACCCAAGAGCAAUGCAGGCUCUGCUACAGAUUCAGCAGGGCUUGCAGACACUUGCAACAGAAGCACCAGGGCUUAUACCAGGAUUUAAUCCUGGUUUAGGUGGAUUGGGAAGCACUGGAGCGCCUACAGGGUCCACUGUACCUAGUUCUGUUCCCAGUGAAAACACAAAUCCAGCAUCAGGAACUGCUGAACCUGGUCACCAGCAAUUUGUCCAGCAAAUGUUGCAGGCACUUGCUGGUGCAAAUGCUCAGCAGUUACAAAAUCCAGAAGUUCGAUUCCAGCAACAACUGGAGCAGCUGAGUGCAAUGGGCUUUCUGAACCGCGAAGCAAACUUACAGGCGCUAAUAGCAACAGGAGGAGAUAUCAAUGCAGCCAUUGAAAGGCUGCUUGGCUCCCAGCCAUCAUAGCAAUGUUUCUUUAACUUGAAGAAAUGUAAUUUAUUUUUGAUAACAGCUCUUAAAUCUUUAAAAUAUUUGCUUUAUUUCAUCCUGACUCUUGGGAUUGUCUUGUACUAAAAUCAGUCUGAUACAUAUUAAGAUGGAGUGCAGUAGUUUUCUUCAAACAGUGGGAAUCAAUACAUUUUCACUUUUGCAUGCAUUAUAGUUUCAUUCUGCAUUAUUUGUGAUUUUUUUUUAAACAGUAUCAGCUUUCAUAGUUAGGUGAACAAGUUUUGUCUGACCUACAACUGUCCAAUUUAUUUACUACUUAAACAUUAGCCUUCAGUAGUGAUUUAUGUAGAAUACAAAUUAAAAAAAGAAAGAAAAUAAUUGAAGCUACAGUUUGUGGGUACUGAUACUGCUUAUUGUGAUCUUGGCAUGUAUUUUUUUGCUAGCAAAAUGCUGAAAGAUUUGUACCACUUGAAUAAUCUACCAUCUUUUUUGCUUUAAUUUGUAUAAACACAAUAUAUACAGCAGAAACAGCUGAUUUCUAGAGAUUUAUGCAUUGCCAUAGAAUGAGAUUAUAAGUAAUGCAUAAAUCCAGGGGGAUAUUUUAACACUUCUUUUUGGUGUAGAAUCUUCAGGUAACCAUCUCAGCAAAAAUGCUUAAGCAAGUUCAGUUACAAUAUACUAGAAUUACUGUUCUGGUUAUUUCUUUACAUCUGACUGUACAGAAACUUGCAUUGUAACAUUGUCUUGAUAUUCACAAACAUUAACUGUGAAUUACCUUUAUCAUUGUGUGAAUUAGAAGGGCACUGCCUUGUGCUCUGGAAUGCUUCUAAGGCUUGUUCCAUUGAGAUUUUAGCACAUACUGGUUUGUAAUUGGAAACACUACUUUCAUUCACAGUCACGAGAUGCUCUAAUCACUUUUAACCACCAUGUGAAAAGAAAAUGUUUAUCUUUUGGGGGUUUAUUGGUAGUUACUUCUCUUGUGCCCAGAUAAUAAAGGAGUUAAAAUGUUUAAGCAUCUU